AUGUUCGAGCGUCUGGAUAGAGACCACUCAGGAGCUCUCUCUCGCGAGGAGGUCACGUUUGCCCUCAGGCGCCUGAGCCCCAUGACCAAGGCCCCCGACGUGGAGGCGCUGUUUGACGCGUUUGACCGUGAUAAGAACGGCACCCUGGAGGAAGACGACUUCCAGAAGCUGUGCAAAACGCUGUCAAUCUCCACCACCAAAGCCAAGUGGUCGGCCAUAUUCGAGCUGUGUGACGACGACGGCAACGGGAAGCUGACCGCCCCCGAAAUCUGCCAUAAGCUGUCCGACCUGGGAAUGCCGCUGGCGGACGACGAGCUGGACGAGCUGUUCCUAGACUGCGACACCGAUGGCGACGGCACGUUCUCACGCGACGAGUUCGUGGCGGCCAUGACGGCAGACUUCACGACCCUCACCAGCCGCGCAAAGGAGAGCGUGCGCAAGGUCGUGAGGUCACCAGUCGUUGGGCACGUCUAG